AUGGCUAUCGGCAGAGGUAUUUACAAAUACUUAGCUGCUGAACAUGUCUUGUUUGUUUACAUGAUGGCUUCUGGUCUGAGCAUACCCACCAAGACUCAGUACAUUGAGAGGCGCAUCGCCAAGGAACUGGGAGUCGGAUCCUACAGCGAGGCAACGUGCCUCACCAACAAAUCCAGCCCAGAUUAUGAAAUACAGCUGGACAUUCAACGCCAGAGUACCAUGUGGAUGUUGUAUAUCACUGUCUGUAUUCAGUUCCCGGCAUUGAUCAUGAGCAACGUAUGCGGCGGCAUCAGCGAUCGUUACGGUCGGCACGUCCCUUGCGCGGUGCCCUGCAUUGGUCUCAUGCUGUCCUACGUCAUCAGUGCCUGCGUUGUGUACUUUGAACUUCCCCUGGCCGUGUUUCUGGCGGGGAGUUUGAUUGUUGGCGUGUCGGGUGAUCUCACCUCCGUUGUUACCGGAUGUGCAGGGUACAUUUCGGAUGUUACCCAGCCUGAAAGUAAAGAGAGGACAGCCCGCUUUGCUCUGAUCGACGUAGCUUUCACCUCGUCAAACAGCUUGAUACAGUUCGCCAUCGGUUAUGUCAUCACUCUUUACGGUUUUGCCGCGCCUUUCUACAUUGGCAUGGUCUUGAUCGGCGUUUGUGCCUGUUGUAUCAUAUUCUGUCUUCCGGACAGACGCAGUUAUGUCCACAGCCCGUCAACUGACACUGCAAUACAGGCCAACCGCCCCGAGGAGGAGAUAGCCCAGAAGAACCCUAUCAACAUCUUCAGAAAUGUUUACAGCCUCUUCCGGCAGGCUCCGGGUAAGCCCAGCGGUCGCGGUUGGCGGCUGUGCGCCUACAACUUCAUCACUUGUGCCAGCAUCAUGUUGAUUGUUGCCAACUCGGUCAUCAGUGUGCUGUACACGACAGGUCAGCCGUUCUGCUUGACUCCGGUACAAGAGGGAUAUUAUGGUGCCUCAAUGUUUGCUGUCUUCACUGGAGGUACCUUGCUGGCGGUGACUGUACUGCAGCGGUUCCUUUCACCGUUUUGGAUCAUGCAUCUGACGUCUGUGUCCAUCAUUGCGUCUGUGGUUCUUGUGGCCCUAGCAAAGACCAAGCUCCUCCUUUACAUAUCACUCAUUGUUGGAAUGUUCACCUAUAUGGCAAUCCCGCUGUCAAGAAGCAAAAUGGCGGAUCUGUAUGAACCGGAUGAACAAGGUGUCAUGUUUGCAUUCAGUGGUUGCCUUACCAGCCUGGCCGCCUUCGUGACUCCGCUGAUCUUUAACGCCAUCUAUUCCAGCACGUUGCAUUUCAUGCCGGGGUUUGUCUACUUCGUCAUGGCUCUGGUCGCGGUGUUAGCCUGGCUCGUAAUCCUGAUUCUGCAUGUGAAGGAGCCCAAAGUAAGCCACCAGUAUCGACCACUCAAAAUAGACGAUCCUGACGGACUUCCAACGCAUUGCCCAGACACUUAUGAUGAUUCCACAGGACAUGAAGAGGUUGGAUUCAAGGGUGACUAGCUGGGCUUGACUAUUACUGUUAACACUUGAGUAUUCUUAUUAAUUUCAAAUGACCACUUGUGUGACUAGAUUAAGUAUUCAUCUCAGCACACUGUAUUCAAGCAUGUAUAUUUUUUUCAAGAUUGAAGAGGUUUAUUUUUGGUAUUUGUUUAUGUGGUAUGGGACUUUGGGCAAAGUGGACGUUUAGUUUGGUUUUGUGCAUGGCACAGGGAUCGUGCAAGAAAACAUAGUUUUCUGUACUAUAGGCAUGAUUGAUGUAAAAACGUUUACUUUGUAUUCCUCAACUUUGUAGCGUUAAGUUGUAAAUAGUCUUUACAGAAGUGCUACAGGCAUAGUUUUGUCAUUUGAAUAAAAUUAAGCUUUAAUUUUGGUUUGAGCAUGGCUCAGGGUUUAUGAAAGAAAACAAAUGUUUUGUUUAAAGGUGUCAUUGAUGUAAAAAAAAAGUACUUUACAUGUCUAUUUUUAAGAUAAAGUUGUAAAUAUUCUGUAUGGAUUUGGUGGUUUUUUUAAUGAAAUAUACGUUUGUGAUUGGCAUAUCCAUUUCUAUUUGCCUGGGAGACAUUGCACUUGUCAAUAUGUGUUCUCUUGCCCAUACCCACUCUCAAAUGCACAAUUGCCUUAAUAUACUUGGUUCGGUAUCAAUCGAUUGCAGGUUAUAUUCAUCAGACAGGGACGGACGUAAGUGGGCUCAGACAUUUUUGCCUGAAAUUUCAUUCAGGGAAAGUGUGGUGUCAAUGUAUGGUGCCAAUAUGUUCUUUACAAUAAAACUGAAAUCAGGCCAUCUCGGGAGGAUUUUCCAUGUGACACUUCAAACAAAAAACGAGACACUGGCAAAAGUCCAAAGUCAGAUGAAAUUGUGUAAUAAUGGCUCUGCAUGUAUUUUAUUGACAUAAAGUGGCCGUAACAUUGCAAUAUCAGACUGUACCACCAGACCUCUACUCCACCACACCAGUAAAAUCUGAUCUACAUCAUGUCAAGUUACAUUAACUUGCAUAAAGAUAAGAAACUUCAUAAAUGUGCAAGAAACUUGUACAAAAAACAGUGACUUAAUCACUUCUGCAUAAUUAUAUCUAGUAUAAUCUAUUCAAGACUUAAUGACAAAUUCCAGACAUUAAUUUUAUCCACAUGAUAUUUUAUUUUACUGAAGUUAUCCAUCAGCAGGGAAAACCUUUCAGUUUUCUAAAAGUAUUUUUAACUCAUUGAAUAUAAAUACAUUGAAAUACCACCACACAAUGUCACUUAUAUUGCCACCAGUUAUAAAAUGACUAUUUCUGUAUGAAAUAAAUUAAUUCAUCCUUAGA